GCUAAAAAGACAUUAUUAUCCUAAUUUACCAUAUAAAUCUUAGCCAACCUUUGGCCCUCUAUAAAUUAAAUAUUUCCAACAAAGGAAUCAAAAGCCUCUUUUGAAUUCAGCUACAUUCCAGCUCCCCACCAUACAUAACCCAAAAUUUUCUUCCAAAGAUCCAGGUAUACUUCAAUAUUUCAGAGAAGAACUAGUGCUUCUUUUCUGUUGCUAGCUACCAACCCAAAUUAUCCUUUAUCUCUAUUGAUUUGAGCUCUCUCCUUAUUAGUUAACAAGAUUAAUUUUAACUAAUAUGGGGCUGAGAGACAUUGGAGCCACACUGCCUCCUGGGUUUCGGUUUUACCCCAGCGAUGAGGAGCUGGUCUGCCAUUAUUUGUACAAAAAGAUCACAAAUGAAGAAGCUUUGAAGGGUACUUUGGUUGAAAUUGACUUGCAUAUCUGCGAGCCAUGGCAACUUCCUGAGGUGGCCAAGCUGAAUGCCAAUGAGUGGUACUUCUUCAGCUUCCGUGACCGUAAGUAUGCGACGGGGUUCCGGACCAACCGUGCGACGUCAACUGGAUACUGGAAAGCAACAGGGAAAGAUCGGCUGGUGAUGGAGCCAGGAACUGGGGAUAUCGUAGGGAUGAGGAAGACUUUGGUGUUCUAUCGGAACAGAGCUCCUAAUGGAAUCAAAACUGGUUGGAUUAUGCAUGAGUUCCGACUGGAGACCCCACAUAUGCCUCCUAAGGAAGACUGGGUUCUGUGCAGAGUUUUCUACAAAGGCAAGGCAGCAGAGAACAGCACCAAACUCAACCCCCAUGACUUUACGUUGGAGACCACACCAUGCACUGUUCCUUUAAAUUUAGUUCCACCUCCUCCAACUUAUGACCAAACAAUGCCUUGUGUGUACAACCAAAACCACAACCAAAGCAACGCUUUCCUGAAUCUCCUACAGCUUCCUCAUCAGGAAAAAUAUACCAAUUCCUCCGUCUCCGAAUUAAACACGAAAAACGAUGACGAAUAUGGGUUUCUAUGGGACAUGAAUUUAGAAGAAGGCAGCUUCGACAACGGGGUGGCUCCAAAUUUGGAUGAGAUGGGAUUUCAGGUGGAUGAGAACAGCAUGGUUUUGCUCUAAAUGAAGAAACAUAUUCCAUACGUACUCCAUAUUAGACAGACAUCCAAUUUGUUGAUUUGUGACAUAUAUUUAUAUUUGUGGUCUAUAUAUUAUAUAUUUGGCUUGAUUGGAGAAAAGGUUAAAGGUUUGUGCAUGCUUAGUCUAUAUAUGUGUUUAGGGUGUUUUUCUCCUCUUGUAUACAGUCCUGCUGGCAUUUGUAUAAGUAUCAUCAAUAAUAUAAUUCUUUAUUAGUGUCAAACA